GGGAGGGAGGUGGAAGAAGUGGAGGGGGCGGGCCGACCCCAAAGAUGGCGGAGGCUGAGGAUUACUGGAAAGUUCCAUUCUAGGACUAAAUGAACUACAGUUGACACAUCAGUCUGCUUGGAUUCACAGACAAUUGAGAUUUUCAGCUGGGAAGCAUUUGUUCCUGCCUGUUUAUUGAACUUAAGAAACCAUGGCGGAAGGAGAGACACAGUCACCAGGGCCUAGAAAGUGUGGCCCAUAUAUUUCAUCUGUUACUAGCCAGAGUCUGAACUUGAUGAUCCGUGGAAUAGUGCUGUUUUUGAUUGGAGUAUUUCUUGCCUUAGUAUUAAAUUUACUCCAAAUUCAAAGAAAUGUGACCCUCUUUCCACCUGAUGUGAUUGCAAGCAUCUUUUCUUCAGCAUGGUGGGUACCACCAUGCUGUGGCACAGCUUCAGCUGUAAUUGGAUUAUUAUACCCCUGUAUUGACAAGCAUCUGGGAGAGCCACAUAAGUUUAAAAGAGAAUGGUCAAGUGUAAUGCGGUGUGUAGCUGUCUUUGUCGGUAUAAAUCAUGCCAGUGCUAAAGUGGAUUUUGAUAACAACAUACAGUUGUCUCUCACACUGGCUGCACUAUCCAUUGGACUAUGGUGGACAUUUGAUAGAUCUAGAAGUGGUUUUGGCCUUGGCGUAGGAAUUGCUUUUUUGGCAACUUUGGUCACACAACUGCUAGUCUAUAAUGGUGUUUAUCAAUAUACAUCUCCAGAUUUUCUCUAUGUGCGUUCUUGGUUACCUUGUAUUUUUUUUGCUGGAGGCAUAACAAUGGGAAACAUUGGUCGACAACUAGCACUGUAUGAAUGUAAAGUGAUUGCAGAAAAAUCUCAUCAGGAAUGAAGAAAGAGUGCAUCAAUAAUCAUUGUACAGAGAACAAAAUGAGAAAGG